ACAAAAAAAUAAAAGAAAAAUAAAAAAUAAUUGAUCGCACUGUCAAACCAAAAAAAAUUGAAAACCCUAAAUUGGUUGAAUGGGAAAAUCGAUGGUCAGAUUCGCAGAAUUCGCCAUUAGACUCUCUUCCGAGAAUCCAACCAGACCACACAGACCUUCUCCUUCUCCACGGAACAAAGUCUUCGUCAAGAAGACGACGAGAGACACCACGUCACACCUCGAUUACUCCAAUCUGGUUAAGCUGGAGAAGGCGGGAUCGCACUCGGGUUCGAAUCCCGCUCCGGCUUCGGGUUCGGAUCCUAUUAACCGGGUUCCCCUCGCUCAGGUCGUCGAGGAUUGCGUCAGACGCUGGUUCCAGGAUACGCUCAAGGAAGCCAAAUCUGGUGACGUUGGUAUGCAGGUCUUGGUUGGUCAGAUGUAUUGCAGCGGCUAUGGAAUCCCUAAAGAUGAAAACAAGGGUCGUGCUUGGAUUAACAAAGCUUCAAGAACUAGAUCAUCAGCUUGGCAAGUGAGUGAUAAGCCUCCAGGGUAUAAUGCAAGCGAUUCAGAUUCCAAUGAUAAGAAAGAUUGAUGAUCAUCUUUUGAAUGUUUGUAUUGCCAUUGACUUUGAUUUGUUAGUUUCUCUCUCCUUUGUUUAACUCUACUUGAUUUAUUCAAAUUUGAAGCUUUUGUAUCAUCCCAAUGGUCAAAAUGUGCCCCUCAAGUUAUUUAUUACCAGGCAGUGAAGUAAUUCAACUGUGAGUCUGUUGUAGCUGAAAUCCUUGCAUUGCCAAUAGAUUUUUGCCAGGCUUUCUCUUGUUCUUUGUCCCCAGAAGUAGAAUCAAACAGUUUGCAAAGAAUGAAUCUGGAAUCUGGAAUCUGCAAUGUCACUUGACAAUUUUUCUCCAAGGAAUCUACAUUCUUGUUCUAAAGAUAAUCUGCAACUAAUUUUUGGGUUUGAAUGGAGUGAAAAAGGUAAAAGUUAAACUGAGACAGUUUUCGCAUCACUCUAAUGAUGGAUUAUGUUCAUCGAUAACACUGAAUUGUAAAUAUUAAG